AUGUAAAGGAUUCGUGUAUAACAAAUCAAAAUAACUGCUGGAUCAUAAUUAGAAUAAAAUUAAUAAGAUAGAGGGUCUUUUUAAAAUAACUAUAUAGCUUGUAACUUAUGUGAUUAAAUAAUGUAAGAGAAUGUUUACUAAAUUCAUAUAAAAAUGUGUGAAUAAUAGAUAAAGAAUGGUAAUUUAUUUGAAUAAGAAUGUCAAUAAUGUGGUUUGAUAAUAAUUAAGCUUUAUUAUAAUGAUCAUCUCGAUAUUUGUGAGGCUAAUUGCUGGAUUUAAGUAAAAUGCCCUUAUUGUUUUAUUGCAGUUUUUAAAGUUGAUCUCAAGGAUCAUAUAUCAAAAUGUUCUUUCUUUUUAAAUCAGUAAUAAAAAGAAAAAGAAGGAAUAUAAAAUUGUGCAGUCUGUUUAGAAGAUGUAAUAGAAAAUAAAAGUUAAUUAAACUGUUCUCAUAUAUUUCAUCAAGAUUGUAUUAACAAUUGGCUUAUCUUACAUAGAAACUGCCCUAUUNUCAUUUAUAUAGCAUAUAAUAAUAUAUAAGGAACUCAUUUUAUUUGA